AUGGCCGACUCGAUACUGACAAGGAAGAGGGAUUUGAUCUACUUGAUGUUCUUCAUCACGCACUUGCCAGUCAUGUUGGCAUUUGAUCUAACAGCUUACUACCCCGUCAACAUCAAGCCACUCUGGAUGAGCGAUAUCCGCACCUGGUACGUCGCUACCUACGGCGAUCGUUUUUUCUACAACCCACCAGCAUGGUUCUCCACCCUCAUCUUCCUAGAGCUGGUCUACCACCUGCCCUUGACCCUCUGGGCUAUCCCCGCUCUCUUGCGCAACGACCCGCGUAUUCCACUAGCUCUGCUGUUCUUUGGUAUGGAGACCAGCAUCACGACGUUGGUUUGUCUGGCAGAGAUGUGGAGUUGGGAAGAGUUGAGGCCGGAGCAGAAGGGCCUAGGUGGGUUGGGAGGCAUGUAUGGAGGUUAUCUCGCUUUAGGAAUCUUCAUGACCCUGGACUGCUAUGCAAGGCUUGAUCAGUGGAUCGCGAGGCAGAAAGGUCUGGAGCCUGUCACGAAGAAGAAGCUUUGA